AUGGACACAUCGACGAGCAAUACGACUGGCUCAUUGAACAUCUUCACAACUACACGAAGAAGGCUGAGAGUUUUAAAACUACUAUGUCUCCACAAACUCUUGAUACACCAGUGUAAUGCACCACGAACCGCAGGGAUCAAAGAACUCGCGUCCGAGCUCGUAACGUUUCGCAGAGAGGCGAUAAAGGAAGGCCUUGAAGAUGGUAGAGCAGCAGUACCGGCUGAAGCAGCAGAGGCGAGCAAGAGCAGUAGCUAG